AUGGCCAGUAAUAGUUCGUACAUAGUUGACCUUGUGUAUCCCAAUUGCCGUAUGAGAAACGGCAACAACAGGGUGACAUUUGAGUGCGAGGAUCCGAUAUUGUUUCGCACUCAGCGUGUGAAUACGUUGUCGGAUUUGAAGAGUUUGAUACUGAGCAAGAUCGGUGGUGCAGAAGCGAGGAAAAUCGGAAGGGUGGCGUAUAGGUUGCUGGCCCCCAUAGGUAACGGAGUCUUCCGGUUUCGACUAUUCCGACUUCAAGGGGACGAGCAUGUGCGAGUGAUGUUUGACAUCCAUGGGAGGAUCAUGGUGGAGCAAGUAAUGGAGCUGUCUGCAGAGGUGGGACACAGUGGCGGUGGUCAUUCCGUACACUCGACCUAUGUGCAGGACGACCGACCCCUCGCACCACCGCCCAUUCAUGUUGCCAUUCCAGUGGAUGAGGCAGAGGAGGGUGAGGAGGAGUUGGACAAGGAUUACGUGGCGGACAGUGGUGAAAGCGACUUGUCCGAUAGUGGGGAUGAGAAUGAGUGUGCUCCGAAGACACCUGUUCCGACUACGGCCCACUACGUCCUGCCUCCACCUCUUCCAAUACCGGCGCUUUUGGCAGUUUCGUCUCACUAUCACAGUCUUGACUUGGACGCCAUGCAUGAGAGGACUCCGUUUCUUGACACGGGUAAAGAGGAUUACAACCUAGAUGACAGUGUAGAGAUCCGGGUCAGCCACAAGUUUAGAAGCCGAGAGGCAGUGCUUCAGGGUAUGAAAAACUACAGUAUUCGGAGAAGUGCGGAGCACCGAGUGGUCGAAUGGGACCGGCUAAAGUACCAUGUGCAGUGCUGUCAAGCUGAUAAUGGGUGUCAAUGGAGCCUCCGUGUGGCCUUUCGACAGAACUUCGGAUACUGGGAGGUUCGGAGGGUGGGUGGAGUGCAUAGUUGUCUAGCACCCACCAUGUCUCAAGACCAAUAUCAGCUAGACAGCAGUCUGAUAUGCCAGGUCAUUGAUGCGUGA